AUUUUGUUUGGUUCAAACUUUAGGAGGGGAGGGGAGGGAAAUGGAGGGGAGCAAAAUCCCUCCAACCUCAAUUUUUUGUUCCCCCCAAAAGUGGGGGAAUUUGGAGGGGAAAUAAAUUUCAGACAAAAAUAACCCUAUACAAAUCUAAAAAUUCCAAUUCUUAGUAAUAGGGUUUGACGGUGUAUUUCAUUUCUUCCUUCAUCAUUUCACGUGUUUCAUACCAAUUGCUCUGUCCAUCUCUGGUCUCUCUCCACCGCUGGUGCCCCUCUCCCCGGUUUCUCCCUCCGCCGCCGCCGCCUCCUCCUUGUCAGCGGCGCCGGCGCCCUGCAUCCGCGACCGAGUAUGGCGCCCAAAAAGCAAGCAACAACUAGUAGUGGUAAUAACAUGAGUUGGACAAGAUCCAUGGAUGAUGCUCUUGUCAAUGCUUUCAUGCACGAGUUUACCGCCGGUAACAAAGUUAAUGGUCAGUUCACUACUCAAGCACAUGACAGAAUCGCAAGUGAGCUGAGUGUAUUGUUUGCGAUGAAAAUUGACAAGAGUAAGAUCAAAAACCGCUGGAAAACAUUGAAAAAAAAGUUUUCUGAUGUUUAUGAUAUUUUUAAGAAUGGUAUGAGUGGGUUUGCUUGGAACCCAUCUACUCAUUUAUGGGAUGCUGAACCAGAAGUUUGGGAAGCUCUAAUUCAGUCAAAACCAAAAGCAGCAAAUUGUAGAAAUACCUCACUUCCACACUAUGAGGCGAUGGUGACACUUUAUGGGAAUGAUCGAGCUACUGGAGAGGAAGCUGAAACCGCAUCAGAAAUGAGAAAGCGACUUAAUUCAACUACUGAAUCUGAUAUUUUUGAUUCAAUUGAUGAUAUUGAUGAUGGUAUACUUCGGAAUGAGGUAAGAUUAGAGGACUUUGAUGCUUAUAAUGUUAACAAUGAUUUUUCUCCUGAAAUUCAAUCUCAAGAUCCUUCACCAACACAAAGUACUAACAACAAAAGGAAGAAAUCAAAAGUGGCUAACAACAAAGGGAAGAAUGAUGACAUGCUUGGAAUUAAAGGAGCAAUGCAAGAGGUUGCAGCAGCACUAAGAGAAGGAAAUGUUAUAAUGAAAGAGCGUCACAGCCCUCCAAUUUCUGGGCAAGAAGCUUGGAAAUUAAUCAAGGAAUGCGGAUGCAAUGAAAAUUUAUGGCCUAUGAUUUUUUGCAAAUUAAUGAAAGAUGUUGACGGACUUAAAACAGUUCUUGAAUGUCCGGUUGAAGCACGCAAGGAUGUGAUCAUGUAUACGGUGUUUGGCUCCUCAAAUCCACCUACCAAUUGAUGCCCUUCAUUGGAUACUUGAGCAUUUUUAAUUCUCUGCACUUGAGCAUGUUUAGCUCUUUAUGGCAUGGUUUAUGGAGUUUGAGACUUGAGUUUAAUUAGUUCUUUGUGGUUAUUUUGGCAUACAAUAUGUAGCUCUUUAUGACAUAGUUUAUGGUGUUUGAGACUUGAGCUUGAUUAGUAUUUUGUAGCAAUGAAUUUGUGAGCUUAAUUAUGCAAUUGCCUUCUCUUUUUUGUCA